UCAAAUUCGGUAGGAGAAAUGGAAGUAGUUAGGUUCGGACAAUUGGGUUCAUCAUCCAUACCUAAAAAAAAAAAUUUGGGUUUGGACAAUGGUUCAUAUAGUUGAGUAGUCUUGCCGACUUCGUUAGUUGUUUCUGCCUAAUUUAACAAAGAGGGUACACACACAUUCAUCAUUUAUUCAAAUUGUCGUCGUUUUGUUAGAUAUAUAGCUAAUUUCGAGUGAGAUGUUCGUUUAAUUUGUAUAUCGAAACAGAAAUUCCAUCGUUAACCUAACUUGCUCAUUAUAGACAGAUGAGUAUAUUCGUUGUACUUAUUAUUUUAUUAAAAAAUUUUAAGCUUAAAAGUAAUAAUACAGGUUAGAGCACCGUUGUGUCACUCGAUUUAGAUACGAAAGAAGUGGUUCGGGGUUAAAACGGUAACCACCAUUUAAUAUGGUGACUGAUUUAUAGUAUUGAAAUUGAACUUCUCCUUCGCCGAACCCCACUCCCUCGCCCUUUUCGGCGGUUCCUUUAUUUCCUUCCUUUAGGUCAAAGUCGCGGUUAAAUGACACAACUGCCCCUUAUCUCCCUUUAAAUCCCCGUCUUUUUCCAGCCCAACAUUUCCCCCCUCCUCCUCCGUUUAGCUUUCCAGCAAGCAACCACCAACAUAAAAACAAGAAACCUCUGCUCUGUUUCUUUCACAUUUCUCCCCCACCCAUUUCUUCUCUUCCCCCAUUUAAUUUACUCCCCUAAACUCUGUAGAUUCAAAUCCAAGCUCGGAGAAUCAAUAAUCACUAUUCAUCAGUCCAUCACUUCCCUCCUCCGCCGCUGCCGUUGACGGGAACAAAACAAAAAAACAUGGAGGUUCCGAUGAUUAAUAGAAUAAGCGACUUCGAAGGCGGUGGGAUAAACCCAUCUGUAGUCGCACGAGCUUUUGCUACUUCCGGCAUCGAGAGAAUUUAUCAGGCCUACAGUGUUGGGAAAUGGGGCGCCCUAAUGGUCGCCUUAUUAGUCGCCUCCUUCACCACAAUCGUCAGCCGAAUUACAAUUCUCCUGAUUCGGUUCCGGCAGAGCCGCCCAAUUUCCACGGCGGCGGCUCUGCUUGUCCAGGAAGAGUCCGAUUACGACACCGAAUCUGAAUCCGGGUCCGAAUCCGAGUUCUCAGACGACGACGAAACUGACGAGGAAUUUGAAGAGGAAGAAGUAGAUUCCGACGGCGAUGAAGAUUUCAGUGUGCGGGGGUCGUUGAAAUUCAAGCGGCGGCUCCAGCGGCGGAGCAGCAGCAGCAUUGGGGAUUUUUUCUCUUGGCCGGAAUUCGCGAACGGGACGACGAGCAGCGUGGUCAAGCUCUGGGACAAUUUGGGCCUUGGAAUGGAGGGAGAGGCGAAUCUGCGGUCGAUCUUCGGGGCAGGGAGCGAGAUGCUCUUCCCCGGGGCGGCGGUUUCGGCGCCGGCGAUGUCGCCGGCGGUGAUAGUGUCGGCGGAGACGAACAUGGCGGGGAACCUGCUGAGGGUGUGGGACAGUCGGGUCGGGUGCCGGAUCCCGCAGAUGCUGGCGGAGUGUCGGCCGAAGCUGGGGAAGAUCGUCGGCGUCAACGCCGCCGGGUUUUUGGAGAAGGUGUACGUCAAGGAGGAGGAUGACGUUAGGCGUGAGUUGACGGUGGCUGAUAUGAGAAAAAAGGCCCUGGUAGUAGGUAGCGUGACGGAAUCUGACGCCGUUAUCACUGGCGACGAGUCAUCGUCGUUGCGGCGGCGGUGUUAAGAUGAUUGGGGCUUAGCUGGGUUUGGGCCUGGAAUGGCCCAAACCCAAACAGGGAUUUCUCUGUUUUUAUUUUUCUUUUUCUUUUUUGGAAAAAGGGAAAAUCAGACAGGGUGUCUCUCUCUUGUAAAUAAUUCAUGGAUUUAAUAAAAUAAUUAGCAGCUAAAUAAGCGCUGACUGAUUCCAGUAAAUUAAGUUUGCCUGAUGUGACCGCUAAUCAAGUAUUUAACUUUCGUGUUAUCUCUUCUCUUGGCUACUAUGACCUUUCGUGUUUUUUUAUGAUUAGUCGAUUACUGUAUUUUCUUGUGUCAUUUUCACUUCUGUUGAAAGGUCUCUCGAACCAACUUGAGGGUUACAUCUCCCAAUUUCUUAAGAGGGUUGUUUGGAAGAAGAAAAAAAUGUAGUUGUGAUUUUCGUCCACACGUCUAACACAGUGUAUAAUAUAUAUAUUGUUAAUUAUUCAUUCCAUGAGCUGUACACGACAACAAUAACAAUUCAAGAAAGGAAAUAAUUUUGGUCAUAUUUGGUUUUUUACGGGUAUUAUACUAUUAUUAUUGCCUUGUUCUUUCGCUGCAACGUCGAGAAUUAUUUUGUAUUGAUCAACCGACCGUAUUUUUGUUGGUCUUCCAACAACCACAAAGUUAGGCACAUGUGAAAUGGGAUGAUAUGAAACUGAGAUGAAGUUAGGAGGAAUUUUACAAUGCUAUAUAGUAUUGGUGCUAUAGGUUUUUGUCUUUAUGGUACAACUUAAAAUUGUACAUUUAUGUUAUGGUAUAAUUUCAUAUACCUAUACUGUUUGUACAAAUUCUUUUAUGGUACAACUUGAACUUGUACCUUUAUGUGAUGGUACAACUUCAAGUUGUAAAGUUGUACCAUAACAUAAUGGUACAAAUUUUUUUAUGGUACAAUCUAAACUUAUACAUUUCAUGUUAUGGUACAAUUUUAAGUUGUACAUUAAAGCACCAAUACUAUACUAUAUAGCAUAGUAGAAAUGCUCGUGAAGUUAGGGGGGGGGGGUUGGCGUUUUGCAGCAGGGGCAAAACUAUGUAGGGACGUGAAAUUGAAAUAACAGUAGAGCGGUGUUUGUUUGGACGAGAAAUUCUAAUGGAUCAAUAUUAUGUCAUUGUCUCGUUUGGAGAUAAUUGGAUCAAAUUGGCCCGUUAGACAAUAUAAAAUUCGGAUGGAACAAUUGAGGCAAUUGAACUUGUUAGGGGUAGGGUCAAGCAUUUCGAACUGGCUCAUAUUGUAAAACGAGACGAUUGACUAAACUAUCUCGUUUUUUCACCAUUCCAAUAAAGAUUUUGAACCUCCUGCAAAUAAUAAAGGGUACCCAAUAAUAAAUCAUAAAUAUAAGUUUGUAGGAACGAUUUGUUGAUUGAUUUCAUUAAUAAAUAGGAAUAUAAAUU